UUUACAGCAACGCCAUUCGCCGCGUGACACAGACAGCCUGCAACAGCAUCUCUACUUGUUUAUGCUAAGGCUAAGCUAACUAGUUAGCUUUCUGUCUGACUGGGUUUGUCUAGAACGUUGUCUAAUUUAUGCGGACCACAGAAACUCGUGCAGUGACUAGUUAAAGCGUUUAGCUAUAUAUUGGAUAACUUAAUCGUUCCGCGGUUUAUUAUUCAGAAGUCGUCAAAGCUCUGCUGAAAUGAAAAGUCCAAUUCUAAUGUUUUCAAGGAUUUAGCCGCACAGGUCCAUCUGUCACCCUGGCAACGCUGGAGCCCCCGAAUGGGGAGGAGCCAAGUCUCGGCAUGAUGUUGGUCGCUGGGGCGCCAGGCUCCGCCCCCAGCCCACAGAGCGAAGCGGUGACCAGUGAGCUUCAGGAACUGUCCCUUCAUCCCGCUGCAAAGCUGCUGCCUCUGAGGGAGAGGAAGAACGUCCUCCAGCUCAAACUACAGCAGAGACGAACGCGCGAGGAGCUGGUCAGCCAAGGGAUCAUGCCACCGCUGAAGAGUCCGGCGGCCUUUCAUGAGCAGAGGAGGAGUUUGGAGAGAGCCAGGACUGAGGACUACUUGAAGAGGAAGAUCAGGAGUCGCCCUGAGCGCUCUGAGCUGGUCAGAAUGCACAUUCUGGAGGAGACGUCGGCAGAGCCCUCCCUGCAGGCCAAGCAGCUGCAGCUGAAGAGAGCCCGGCUGGCCGACGACCUCAACGACAAGAUCUCCCACAGGCCAGGACCCAUAGAGCUGGUCCACAAGAACAUCCUGCCCGUGCCGGUCAACUGCCUCCUGGACUCUCCGAAGGGGGCCGGAGGGGAGAGCUCCUCAUUGGACGAGGACAGCAGCGAUGCCUUGUCUCCGGACCAGCUAGCCAAUCACGACUCUCCUAUGGGCUCUGUCUCCCAGGUGUCACCCUCUGACAUGCUGACCCAGAACGGAGACGUGUCCCCCACGCAGUUCCUUUCUCAGCCCCCGCCUCCUCCACCACCACCACCACCUCCACCACUGUUGCUAACCGGCACAGACUCCUCCCCCCAGCUGAAGAUGACCAGUGGGGCGCCGACCCCAGUGGCUUCCCGUAAUACUACUGGUCAGAGCAAGUCCCACUCCAAGUCAGGCUCGGACCGGCACCCCCAGCGCCCUAAGAAGGCCAAGGACACCAAGCCCAAGGUGAAGAAGCUCAAGUACCACCAGUACAUCUCCCCGGACCAGAAGGCGGAGCGGGAGCCGCCCCCCCAGCUGGACUCGUCCUACGCCAAGAUCCUGCAGCAGCAGCAGCUCUUCCUGCAGCUGCAGAUCAUCAACCAGCAGCAGCAGCACUACAACUACCACACCAUCCUGCCCGCUCCGCCCAAACCCCCUGCAGAGCAGCCUCCUGCAUCCAACCCCGGACCCUCCCCAUCACGCAGUGUUCCCACGACAACGCCGGCCCCCUCCAGUCAGAGCGCAGCUAGCCGUCAGAGCCAAGCCUCCGUGGGAGGGGCCAAACCAGGGACUCUGCCAGCCAACCUGGACGAGUUCAAGGUGGCAGAGCUGAAACAGGAGCUCAAGCUGCGAGGUCUGACUGUCUCCGGCACCAAGAACGACCUGAUUGAGCGACUGAGAAACUAUCAGGAGCAGCAGGACUCCUCAGCCAGCCCUGCAGGCCCCAAACCUUGCCAGUCACAGUCCAGCACAAUCCAGCCUGCUCCUACCAGCCAGGGCGGGACUACCACACUCGCGCACCAAUCGGCAGAGCCUAGCACUAAAGUGGCAUCGUUCUCAUUGGCCCAGAAUGUGACCCCAGGGCGGAUCAUGCGUUUUGGUAGCACCAGUUCUUCCCCGCCAGUGUCUCCCUCUCCAUCGGAACGUUCUCUGGCGGCCAUGAGCCCUGACGAGACCAGCUGUAAUGGAGACAUGUUUGGAGAGAUGGUGAGCUCUCCUCUGACCCAGCUCACCCUCCACCCCUCCCCCCAGCACCCCGGACCUCCCCCACUCCCUCUCACUCCCCAGGUCAAAGAAGAAAACCACAGGCAUCUCCAGUCCUCAUGCAGCUUUUCCAAAGCCCCGCUACUUUCGGGCCCCACAGCCCAACCUGCCCCGGGACAAAAACCCUCGGAAGGGCAGGCCAUGGACACCUCCUCCCUGGACAAGGACCAGAUGCUCCAGGAGAAGGACAAGCAGAUUGAGGAGCUUACCCGCAUGCUGAGGCAGAAGCAGAGGCUGGUGGAGACCCUCCGCUCCCAGCUGGAGCAGGGGAAGACCGGGGGAGGAGGAGAGAUGGAGGUAGGAGAGGGGAGUGCAACACUGGGCGUCAGCCAGUGUGUAGAGGCCCCCACCAAAGCUCCUCUGCCCAAGCCCUCUGCCCCAGCCCUGCACCCCCCUGCCCAGACCAAUGGGUUGAUAGUUGAGGUGAAGAAGGAGGUGGAGGCUGAGGGGAUGGAGGGACUGCAGGAUGAAUGCCAGGUGAAGAGACAGACUCAGCCCGCCCAGUGUUCCAAGCAGACACUGCUCAAGCUGCAGCAGAUCCACCGGCUGCAGGUCCAGCAACAUCAGCAGCAUCAACAGCAGCAGCAACAGCAGGUCCAGCAGCAGAAGGAGGCUAAGGUCCUGCUGAAGCAGCAGCAGCCGCAGCAGAAGACAGAGGCUCAGAUCCUGCUACAGCAACAGCAGCAGCUACAGCAACUCAUCAUCCAGCAGACCCAACAGAAGCAGCUCCAGGACCAGAAGAAACUAGCCCAGGCCCAGUUUCAGACCCAGGCCAGUGCCAAGGCCCAGCAGGCCAACACCCAGGCCCAAGUACAGGGGAAGCCAGCUCAGACCCAGGUGCAGCUCCAGACCAUCCAGAGUAACCAGGCAAAGACCUCGGUCCAAAUCAAGCAGGUCCAGACCCAGGUCCAGACCCAGGUCAAACCAUGCCAGGUCCAGACCCAGGUCAAACCAUGCCAGGUCCAGACCCAGGUCAAACCAUGCCAGGUCCAGACCCAGGUCAAACCAUGCCAGGUCCAGACCCAGGUCAAACCAUGCCAGGUCCAGAGGCAGAGCCAGGCUCAGCAGAGAAGACAGCUGAAGACCCAGAGACAUCAGCAGAAACAGCAGGCUGUAUCCACACAACAGGUCACCCCUGUCUUCAUCAGCCAACAGAAUGGCACCCAGGUGUCUGCCCAGACCAUCUCACUGGACCUCCUCAAGUCUCAGACCGCACCCACCCUGGUCACCGACGGCAAUGGAAACCAUUACUUAAUAGCACUGACCAAUCACAGUCCUGAUGGCCAGAACAGCGUAUCCUCAUUGGGAAAAAGCAACGGACGCAUUACACUUCAGAGACUGCAGUCAACCCCCAGCAAGCUUACAAGCCAAUCACCUCCCCAGACUUCCAGUACAGAAGCCCAAUCAGAACAGCCGGAUCCCAUGAGCCAGCCAAUUAAAAAGGGGCAGAAGGCGGGUCUUCCUCUGGGGACCAAUGGCGUGUCCGAGCCCAGACAGCCGGUUUCAGCCCCUCCCAAUCUCCAGCCCUUCUUUGAUGAGGCUUCAGACACUGACAGCCAGAGCACCAUGCCUCCCUCUCUCAAGGGGGAGGAGGUGUGUCCGCCAUACGACAGACACACAUUGUUCACCCCCCCCUCCCCUAAACCGACCUCCCCUCUCUCCACUCAGCGCUCCAAAGAGAACGGUCUGAGCUACCAGCAGAUGGAUGACCUGUUUGACAUCCUGCUUAAGAGUGGAGAAAUCUCUGGGUUCAAGGCCAAUCCUGACCCCUCGCUCGCCCACCUCCACUCCACCCCAACCUCCCCAUCCCCUCCCCCGUCUCCCCUCCACCUCUCCCCUCCAACCCCCCCAGAGCCCUCCCACCACGUCGCCUGCACAGGAAGUGGCCGUCUGGAGGACUUCCUGGAGACUACCACGGGCACGCCCCUUUUAGGGGUGGAGUCAGACGUGGGCCUUACAUUGAUUGAUGACCUCCACAGCCAAAUGCUGAGCAGCUCUAGUAUCCUAGACCACACCCCCUCCCCCAUGGACACCAGUGACCUGGGCUUCUCCCCACACCAAGCGGGGGGGCUGGACUUUGGAGACCCCACCCUGGACAGUAUGGACUGGCUCGACAUCUCCAUGGGUGGUGGUGGAGGAGGAGGGGGGGGAGGAGGGGGGGGCACCAGCCUGGCCCCUCUGGGCCCUCAUGCCCCCACCAGUGUGUUCUCAGCAGACUUUCUGGACAGCACGGACCUACACCUGCAAUGGGACUCCUGCUUGUAGCCUGGGAGGUCAACAUAGACACUUUUACACACACACACACACACACACACACAACAAAUACAUACCCAAAAGCAUACACAUGAAGAUGCGUGCACACAUACACACAGAAAAUACUGUACCACACACACUCAUGGUAGCUAGCUUACACUGUGUACAGAGUCCAUCUCUAUUUCUCACAAACACACUCUUCCUAUGCUGGCGUCACCACUGCAGCCUCUCACUUAUGCUGGAGGAGAGGAACCAACAGGUAGAGACCUGGAGCACCGCCCCACAGCACCACCCCCCCUGGCUACACGGCCCAUUGUAACGCUGGCUAAACUGAGGCUGCACUCCUGUUAGAAUGUGUCCUUCCAUGAUGACAAGGAGUCAACGAGCCGGGAGGACAUUGUCACCAAGUUUGCUUUGGCAAGAAUAUUUUCAUAGUUUGUGAAAUGCAGUAGUAGGCUCCGCGAGAGAUAGAAGGUUCUUCUCAUGUCAGUGGAGUCACGCUCACCUCUACAGCGCGCCCUAGUGGUGGAGUGGAGUGCAAGCCGAAAACCAGUGACCAGUGCCUCCAACUUUGCACUUAAAUGAAAAAAUAAAAUAAAUAAUGUAAUGACUGAGAAUCUGGUCAUAACCCCAAACAUUGUUUGAAACCUGCUGAUAAAAUUAUCCAUAAACCUCAUUGGUGGAAACUAGCUGAUGAACUGCACGUCAUUGGAGGUUGGUUAAUACUGAAGGUGUUCACUAGACCACUAUGCAUUGCUGUAUAUGGGGUGUAUAAUUGAUUGUCCAUAUUAUUUUUUUCCUGGUUGCUUAGAGACUAGCAGAGGGAAAUAAAGGGUCUGGACUAGGCUUCCAAACAUCUUGGACCUUGUCCUUUUUUUUUUAAAUAUAAAAAAAAUAAAUCAUGUGAUAACUUGAAAAUCA